AUGACUGUCACGUACUCCAGUAAAGUAGCAAAUGCGACUUUUUUUGGAUUUCAUAGGUUACUCCUCAAGUGGAGAGGGAGCAUCUACAAACUACUGUACAGGGAAUUUAUUGUCUUUGCUGUUUUUUACACGGCCAUAAGUUUGGUGUACAGAUUGUUACUUACAGGAGCCCAAAAACGUUACUUUGAAAAAUUAUCAAUUUACUGUGACAGAUAUGCUGAACAAAUUCCAGUAACCUUUGUGCUUGGGUUUUAUGUGACUCUGGUAGUGAACCGGUGGUGGAACCAGUUUGUGAAUCUGCCCUGGCCCGACAGGCUGAUGUUUCUCAUCUCCAGCAGUGUUCACGGGAGGGACGAGCAUGGGCGUCUGCUCAGAAGGACCCUGAUGCGCUACGUCAACCUCACGUCUCUGCUCAUCUUCCGCUCUGUGAGCACCGCUGUGUACAAAAGGUUCCCCACCAUGGACCAUGUGGUUGAAGCAGGGUUUAUGACAGCUGAUGAAAGAAAAUUAUUUGACCAUCUCAAAUCUCCUCACCUGAAAUAUUGGGUCCCAUUCAUCUGGUUUGGAAAUCUUGCAGCUAAAGCCCGGAAGGAGGGUAGAAUCAGAGACAGCGUUGAUCUGCAAUCGUUGAUGACUGAGAUGAACAAAUACCGCUCUUGGUGCAGCCUUUUAUUUGGCUACGACUGGGUCGGGAUUCCGCUGGUUUACACCCAGGUUGUCACGCUGGCCGUCUACACGUUCUUUUUCGCCUGCUUGAUCGGACGCCAGUUUCUGGAUCCCACCAAAGGCUACGCGGGGCACGACUUGGAUCUUUACAUUCCAAUCUUCACCCUCCUACAGUUCUUCUUCUACGCAGGAUGGCUCAAGGUGGCCGAGCAGCUCAUCAACCCUUUUGGAGAAGACGAUGAUGAUUUUGAAACCAACUGGUGCAUUGACAGAAACCUGCAGGUCUCUCUUUUGGCUGUGGAUGAGAUGCACAUGAGCUUACCCAAGAUGAAGAAGGACAUUUACUGGGAUGAUUCUGCUGCUCGACCGCCUUAUACCCUGGCAGCUGCUGACUACUGCAUACCCUCAUUCCUGGGGUCAACAGUCGAAAUGGGAAAAGAGCUACCCCCAGAUAAGUAUCAAGAAGAUUAG